UUCAGUCGCAUAAGCACUCGAACCUUGUAAAGAACGCAAGAUCCACAAAUUCAAAAUGUGCGCGCCUCUCAGAUGAACACCAUUAAAUUCGCAACACGCAUAAAGUUCCUCUGUCAAUAAAAACGGCAAUAAAGGCUGUCGAUAAUGAAUUACAAAUAGCCCAACGAGACACGAUAUCCAUUAAAAAAAUAUCGCAAUUCGUAUUUGCGCGCGGGAAGUUUCGGUCCGAGCGAUCUUUCUGGACGAGCGAUCAUUGUUUUUUUUUUUUUGGUUGUGAAUUUUCCGUUUUUCGAAAUGUGCCAGUGUGAUUUUCUGUUCAGUGUUGUUCUGUUGACUUGUUAUGUUCUCACAGUGACUUGUUUCAAUAUCGAGAGUUUUCACUAUGCUGUGUAUGGACCACCGGACAAGCACAAAUCGAUGUUUGGGUUUACUGUGGGGUUGCAUAAAGAAAGGAAUACUGGAUGGAUCUUGAUUGGUGCUCCUGAAGGUCAAUCGAGGUAUCAACCAGUAAGAACUGGAGGAGUUGUUUACAGAUGUCCUAUCGAUAGAGACGAGAGCUGUGAAGAGAUACCGUUCGAUACAAAGGGGAACAAUAUCAGAGAUGGUUCGGAUAUAGACCAGAAAGAUGGACAGUGGUUUGGUGCCACUUUGAGCACAUCAGGAAGAAAUAAUGGGCCAAUUGUUGCAUGUGCUCCAAGGUACGUCUGGUACGCUUUGACGAAGAAAAGGAGAGAUCCUGUGGGAACCUGCUACGUGUCCAACGGCGCCUUUACAUCCUUCGAAGAAUACUCGCCUUGCCGAACAUCUCAAUGGGGAUACCACAGGCAAGGUUCAUGUCAGGCGGGAUUUAGUGCAGCUAUCAACGAGGAAGGGGACAGGUUGUUCAUUGGAGCCCCAGGCAGCUGGUACUGGCAAGGACAAAUGUAUUCAGUCGACGCAAAAGCCAAGUUCGUCUUUACACCUGGAUUGUUUUCACGAUUUGGCGGGAAAGGUCAGGUAAUCCAACAGAGCAUCGAAACAAGGCCUGCUGUCUUCUCGACCAAAGAAGGAUUGGCGAAAGAUGAUGACUCUUACCUUGGCUACUCAAUUGUUAAGGGAGACUUUGCGGGUACAGGAGUUGAAGGGGUGGCUGUAGGUAUGCCAAGAGGUGCCAAUCUUCACGGAAAGGUCCUCCUGUACACUUGGGAUCUGACAAACUUCAAGAACUUCAGCGGCGAUCAACUGGGUUCAUACUUUGGUUACGCUUUGGCCUCUGUAGAUGUUGACGGGGACAAAAAGGACGACAUUGUUAUUGGAGCACCCAUGUACACGAUUCCAAAUAACGAAGGGAAAUACGAGGUCGGCAGGGUCUAUGUUAUAUAUCAUGGAGGCUUCAGGGGCACUUUCAGCUCGUCCUACGUGAUAGAAGGCUUCCAAUCGAAAUCCAGAUUUGGCCACGCUCUAGCCGGUCUAGGAGAUAUAAAUCAAGAUGGUUAUGGAGAUUUUGCUGUUGGUGCGCCUUACGAUGGAUCAAGGGAGCGGGGUGCGGUGUAUAUUUACCACGGAUCGGAGAAAGGAGUACGGAAGACAUUUUCACAGGUCAUUCACGCAGAAGACAUUUCUUAUGGACCUUCAAUACAACCAAACUUGGCUCUUGGGAAUCACCCAGAAACUUUUGGUUUCUCGUUAACCGGAGGUAUAGAUUUGGAUGGAAAUGAUUAUCCAGAUUUCGCUGUAGGAUCAUACUUAUCGGACAAGGCGUUUUUCUUCAGAUCUCGGCCUGUAGUUAGAGUUGAAGCUUUCGUCAGGUUUUUAACACCCGGUAAACAGAUUGACAUCAAAGAUGAGAGUUGCACAUUGUCGAAUGGCAAAAAGGUAGCCUGUACCUCCAUAGACUUUUGCGUCAAGUACAGCGGCAAGGGAAUCCCAGCCUCUAUAAAUCUAGAAGUGCAAUACAUCCUGGAUACCAGGCAGCCCAAGAGGCCUAGAAUGUCCUUCUUGGAACACGAAAACAUAAAUUCGAUGAACAACACAAUUCGCUUGGAGAAAGACAGAGGAGAUACUUGUGAAACCAAGAAAAUUUACUUGAGACCUGACUUAUACGACAAACUAACAGCUUUAGAGGCUGAAGUAAAGUACUGGAUGAGAGAAGAAGAUAACAGUGAAAGAGGAACCAGAGAAGCCAGAGAUCCAAACUCAAUAUUAACCCCUAUUUUGGAUUUGAACUCGCCACCAGUUAGGAAAGACUCCAUUAUCAUCCAAAAGAACUGUGGACCUGACAACGUUUGCAUACCCAACCUAAGCAUCGAAAUCACCCCGAACGUCCAGCAAUAUCUAUUUGGAUCGAAAGAGAAUCUGAACUUUACCAUUAUUGUCAACAAUAAUGGAGAAGAUUCCUUUGGAACAACCUUCUCUUUGGUGUACCCUGAUGGUAUAUACUUCAAGAAGGUUGACGAUAAAUCCCAGCAGCAUGCAACAUGUAGAAAUUCAGAAAACAGAACUCUUAACUGUGAUAUAGGAAAUCCCUUACCAGCAGGAAAUAUUGUCAAAUUUGACGUGAUAUUACAACCAUACUACAAAGAAGGACUCGAGGAUACCUUCGAAUUCGAUAUGUACGUCAAUAGCACGAACCCAGAACUCAAAAAAGACGUCAAAGACAACCAUCAGCACAUUUCCAUAGCGGUAUGGGCCGAUUCCAACAUAGAACUAAGAGGGGUGUCCCAUCCUCCCGAACUUUACUUCAACGAGACGCUGUAUCCUAACGACAAAAUCUACAAGGAAGAGGACAUUGGUCCGCAAGUCAUCCACACCUACUUCUUGAGAAACUUGGGCCCAGCUAACAUCGAAGAGACCGAGUUGUUGCUCUCUUGGCCUUAUGCGACCUUAGAGGGGGAGAGUUUUCUUUAUUUGAUCGAACAACCACACACUCUGGGCAACGUGAAAUGCCAUCAUGUUCCGGAAGCUAACUACCUCAAUCUAUCUAUUGAAGAAAAUUUCAGCUGGGAGAGAAUCAAUGUGAAGGAGUCUUCCAUUGAAUUCCACUCAGUGCUAUCGGGAGGUAGUGUUAGUUUGGAAACAGAUGCCAUCACCAAGGGGGUAACAGGUGGAGCUGUUAUUACUCCAAGCCAAGAAGACAUAACAUCUCUUGUAGGAGGAUCUGAGGACAUAUCUGUAAUAGACCAGCAACGACAUAACACAUCAGCGUCAACUACUGGAGCUUUUGGAGGCGUAACGACGACCACCUACUCAGAAUACGAAACUCAAAUAAUAAAUGGUGUUCCAUCCACAAUAGUUACAAACACCACCACUGUAAGAGAUGCCAAGGGAAACGUAUUGAAUACUUAUGUUCGUAAAGGCAACAGUAACCAUCAUGUCGGGGUCCCACAGAGAAAUAGCCAAGGAACCAGCAAAGUAGAAGGUGGUAAGAUCACCACAACCUACACCAAAUACGAAACGAAGAUUGUGAACGGUGUGCCUGUUACAACAGUCACUAACACCACCACAAUCUCAGAUGCUGUAACAGGAGAAAUAUUGAGCAGCAACACUGUAAGCGAAGGAAGUACUUCCCACGUUCUAUCUACUGGAAGAACUUCAGGUGGUAGCUAUUACGAAAACACAGCAUCUGGCGGUAUAAAUAACCUGAAUAGCUACCCAAUUGAUGGAAAGCCAAUCGUGAAUCGUAUCGAAGGAACAAACUAUUCCAUAACAAAUCAAGGUAUCACACAAUCCGGCAGGGUAUUUCAAUGGGAUAAGAAUGGUGGUGGAAGACAAGAAGGAAGAACGUACCAAACUGACUACCGCAUUGGACCUCCAAUGAACCAACCAAUACCGGACGCUAGAACCUACGAAAAGACAAACUCUGGAGAAGUCCAAAGUAGGACAGAAUACCGGCAGAACACUACUGGUUAUUCCGGGAAUGCGGCGUAUGGUUUUUACGACGCAGAAAAUAAAGCAGACGCAAGUUACGAGAGCGAAUAUUUGGAACCAACUGAAGAAGGCGACCAGUCCCAAACAGGAUAUUUCGACGAAGAAGGAAUCUAUCAUUCUUACGCUAAGGCAACUUCAGGUGACAAUUCGAACGAUUCUUACGUCGAACAAAAUGGGUUUUCUAGGGGAAGCAUUGAAUUCAAUCAAGACCUUGGGAACCUUGCAGCUAAUAAAGGCUUCACCACCACCUUCUCCCAAGUAGGCAGCGGUAGCGAGAUGCAAGUAGGAAGCAUUGGCCAAGGCGCUGGCAGAGAAAAAGUCGCUUUCACAGAAGAAGUAACCCUCACAGCCACUUACGACCCAGACACUGGACGUUUCAUACCCGAUUCCCGACAAGACAGAAGCUCUAGAUCGAAAUCCCAAAGUCGUAAAAGUUCCUCGAGGAAGUCAGACUCCUCAAAGAUUCAAACCUCUCAUUCGAGCGCUAGCGGUUCUUCCUUUUCCAAACAAGAACACUGGUCUAACUCAAAAUCUGUUUCUUCGCCUCAAAACUCCAUCGAAAUGGACAAUGUUCCAACCAACAGACCAACUUACAGGUAUAUGGGUAGAAAGAAGAGACAAGCCACAUAUCACCAUAGGACACUGCAUUAUGACAAAGCCAUGUUGCAAGCCAUACAGUGUCAUUCGACCAAGUGUUUCCACGUGAGGUGUGUGGUUGGCAGACUGGCACCUGAGAAAGAAGUUGUGGUAGCAUUCAGAGGUAGGAUAAGCGCGAAGGUCCUGAAAAACGUUACAGACCAUUCGAUCAAAUUUUCCUCAAUGAUGGCAGCAAAGAUAACAAAACUACCUUUCUUUGGAAAAACAGAUAAAACGAAUGUCACAACGUUUGAAAUAGAAACCAAUGUCCCAGGACCACCACCAGAAAUUAAAUCUGACGUUGUUCCAUUGUGGAUAAUUUUACUAUCAGCUAUUGUAGGAACCCUAAUCUUGUUGUUGGCCGUCCUGUUACUUUACAAGCUCGGUUUCUUCAAGAGAAACAGACCUUCCAGUGCACCAGAAAGGCAGCCCCUGAACCGCAACGGAUACCAUCAUGGAGAUGAAGCAUUAUAGAACGUGUGGAUGGUGUCGACGGACAACCUGAACAAGACUUGAACGAUUGAUAUUAAUUAAUUUAUUUUGAGAGUGGAUGUGUAUAGUUGAAUGUUUAUGAAUUAAGAAAAUGAUGAGACAUAUAUUGAAAGCCAGGGCUGGUUUUCCAGGUGAAAUCUAUAAAAUUUCGGCCAGCCUUGAAAAAUAAAACGUGAAAAAUUUAAAUAACGAAUAAAUACACCAGUUAACGAACAUCAUUAGCCUAAUUGCGCCGAUAUUAGAAUAAUGUGCAACAUAGAUUUCACUGCCAUUGGUAGAUUUAAACUUAGAACUUAAGCCUGAUAGGUCCAGUGAUAUUGUAACAGACUAAUUAAAUAAUUGUUUAAUCCUAGAUAACAGUGCCUUAAAUCUGUAAUAAUGCCUGAAAAUGUGAAUUUUAUGAUUAAUGCCAUAAUUUAACAGUGUCCUUAAAAAUCCGAAUUUUUAUGCAGACACAAUCAAUUUGACACAUUUUCUAAACUGAGUGAAAAAAGUCGAUAAGGCAAACAAUAACAAAAAAUUUCAUAAAAAAUUAGUGAUUAGACAAGAAAAUACUAUCAAGACUGAGUAACCAGAAAAUGUGUCAAGUACUGUACAAAACCCUUUAGUUGUUGACAAAUUAUAAUGUUUGAGUUUUAAUUUAUUUAUAGAUUAUGGAAUUCACGAGAUGUACUUAUAUCUUGUUUAUUUCUUCAGAUGACUAAUAUGUAUUCGAAUAAAUUCAAAAAUUAUCGAAACGAAAAGAUUGUAUAUUGUAUUUACGAAUUGAAUGUAAAUAGAAUUAUUAUGUUAA